AUGCUCGAAAACAGCGAGCUAGCUCCUCCCACAUUUACCCCAUUCCCACUGACUCCAUUAGACCAUCUGUUGCCCCGGCUUCAUAUGACAUGUUUUCCCUAUUUAGCGACGAAAUCGCCGGCUGAAGACGCUUCAAUCCUGAAAGAUGGAAUUGAGCUCUUGGUCACGCAAAAUCCCAUCCUUGCGGGAGACGUGUGUCCAACAUCGCAACCAGAAGGGAAGGCUAAUAGAUUUGAGGUACGACCGCCGACAGAAUUGAGUAUCAAGGAAUUUCCUCUUGUCCAAACACGGGUGCACGCUCAAGAGUAUUUCUACCGCCAGAAGACGGUUUAUUCGCAUCGUGUCACCAGCAACGACCUAGGCCAAGCCAAAUACCGGCCCGUUCCGUUAGAUGCAGUCAAUCAGGAACGCGCCCCGGGACUUCGGUGGCAACUGAAUGUCUUCGAAGACGGUAUAGUGAUCGGAAUAUGCUUUCACCACUUGUUCGUCGAUGCGAUGGGCGUGUAUAUCAUUCUUCGAUCUUUGUCUGCAUGUUGUCAAGGCUUGAAGCACCCUCGUCAACUCGCACUCCAGCCUAUUGAUAGCGACUGUCGCAAACGAAUCUUUGAGAUGGGCCAACAAGCGGAAUCCAUGCCAGGGACCCGACGGGUCGACAUCUUCCCCAGCAUGAACACAGCUCUCGACAUGACCGUGGGCAGGAUUCCGUGCCAGCUUGUGACAGUCCCUUUUGAGGUGAUAAGUCGUCUCAGGGAGGCCUGUCAAACUAUCACAACGGAUUUGUUAAGUUCGGUGGCUAAAGAUGGCGACCCGAGUUCUUCGCAAGCACCUCCAAUAUUCUCCGAUAGUGACGUAGCCGCAGCCUUGAUGUGGCUCUGCUGGGCGCGAUCUCGAUACCACCAACCUGAACUUAGACCUCAACCAGACGAAACCUCCAUGAUACUGAUGAUUGAGCUUCGCCAGAGAGGCGUACUUCCACUAAACUACAUUGGAAACGCCGUGGCCCCUGUCAUCGCAUCCGUGCCUCUUUCUCCCGCCGUCAACUCUCCCUCCAAGGCCACCACUGAUUCUCAUCACACCUCCUCAGAGAAGUACCGCCAGAUACCAGGACUCAGCACUUACGACCUCGCCCUUCUCGCAGACCUCACCCUCCGUGCUUAUAAGGCGAGUGUCGGAGUCAAUGAAGAAUACAUACGAGGCCUCGUUCGGGAAAAGUAUAUCAGCCGCGACUGGCAAUCCUACUAUCCUAGCGAGGGACAAUUCCUCUACAGCAACAUGCGCUUACUGAAUACAUCCGGACUCAAUUUCGGCAAAAAGCUCGGAAACAUCGUGCGAUUAGAGACCCUUGACUUCCGGACCAACGGGCAGUGUUGGGUGUUGCCAGCUGCAACGAGAAUGGCGCCCUGGGAGUUCCGCAUGUCGAUGGAAAGGGAGGACAUGAAGCGGUUCCUCGAGGAUCCGUUGUUAGUUUGGGCAAUGGGGAAGAAUGCGGCGAAACUGUGA